AUGGCCCCAAAAGGAAAGAAGGUAGCUCCAGCACCAUUGGCAUCUAAGUCUGUAAAGACUGCCACACCAAAAAAUCCAUUAAUCGACUCUACACCAAGAAACUUUGGAAUUGGUCAAGCCAUUCAACCAAAGAGAAAUUUGGCUAGAUUUGUCAAAUGGCCAGAAUACGUCAGAUUGCAAAGGCAAAGAAAAAUUUUGUCUUUGAGGUUGAAAGUUCCACCUGCAAUUUCCCAGUUCCAAAGUGUCUUAGACAAGAACACUGCUGCUGAAACUUUCAAGUUGUUCAACAAGUACAGACCAGAAACUGCAGCUGAGAAAAAGGAAAGAUUGACUAAAGAGGCAGCAGCCAUUUCUGAAGGUAAAUCUGCUAAGGACGCUUCGCCAAAGCCAGUUGUUGUCAAAUAUGGUUUGAAUCACGUUGUCUCCUUAGUUGAAAACAAGAAAGCCAAAUUAGUUUUGAUCGCUAACGAUGUUGAUCCUAUCGAGUUAGUUGUUUUCCUUCCAGCUUUGUGCAGAAAGAUGGGUGUUCCAUAUGCCAUCGUGAAGGGUAAAGCUAGAUUGGGAACUUUAGUUCAUAAGAAAACCUCAUCCGUUGCUGCUUUGACUGAGGUCAACUCCGCUGAUGAGUCCGAAUUAUCAAAGUUGGUUUCUACAAUCAACGCUAACUUCAUUGAGAAGUACGAAGAUUCCAGAAGACACUGGGGUGGUGGUAUCAUGGGUUCUAAAGCCAAUGACAAGAAAGCUAAGUUGACUAAAAAGGUUGACGAGAACGUCAAAAGCACUGCUUAA